AUGGAACAGGCACGUCAACACAAGCUGAAGAAGCUGUGGCCUUCGGAAGAAGCGAAACAGCUAGUUCAGACAGCCGACACGGAAGAGGAGACUGAGGAUACCGAGUUCAAGUUGGCAGCCCUUGCCUCCCUCCAUCCCAAUAGAAGCCAGGAAGAGCAUCUUGAAUACUUGCUAGCAUACGGAGGGAGUAUAGUGAAAGCAUCUGCAGCCCUGGGCGCUGGUUUCGAGGAAGUCGUGCAGAGGAAACGUCCAGCCUCAACGAUUGGUUAUCAAUCCUCCAUCGAUACCUUUGCAACUUGUCGAGAUGGCGGGCGUCCAGAGAAGAGAGCCAAGUUGUUGACGAAGAAAGGGCAGACGCUGCAUCUCUACUCGCCAAAAGAUGUGGAACAGAACACGCCGUGCUCUAUUGUUCACAACUUCCUCCCCGCCGACGAAGCGGAUGCCCUGUUAAAAGAACUAUUGAAAGAAUCAAAGACGUAUGAACGAGGCACAUUCCAACUCUUCGAAAAGACUGUUCAAAGCCCACAUACAUGGAAAUUCUACGUGGACACAGCCGAGGCGGUAAAAGAGCAACAGACGGAGUAUGUUUACGACGGUCUCUACGAGGCAGCAGUGUCUCAGACGACACCUGAGCUACUCAAAGUGCAGAAGCGUGUUAGAGACGCUGUGAAUACUGAGGUGCAGCGACGAAUCCGAGACUUCCAUCCCAAUGGCCAAAAGCUGAGAUUCCAAUCCCCCGAAGAUUCGUGGGAGCCGAACGCAAGCUUUGUGAACUGUUACGAUGGCGGCAAGGAGAACGUCGGCUAUCACUCUGACCAACUGACAUAUCUUGGCCCACGCGCCAUCAUUGGGAGCCUCUCUCUUGGUGUUGCUCGCGAGUUCCGCGUCAGGCGCAUCGUACCUCAGGUCGAAGCUACAUCUGCGGACGAGCAAGGACAGAUUGCCAUCCAUUUGCCCCACAACAGCUUACUGGUCAUGCACGCUGAGAUGCAAGAAGAGUGGAAGCACUCUAUCGCGCCUGCCCAGACCAUCGAUCCUCACCCCGUGGCCGGGAACAAGCGCCUGAACGUGACUUACCGCUGCUACAAGGACUACUUGCAUCCGAAGUACACGCCUCGUUGCAAAUGCGAUGUGUCGUGCGUUCUACGCUGCGUGCAGAAACGCAAAGCUACUCGUGGACGUUAUAUGUGGAUGUGCUACGCAAACUAUACGCCGGGUCGGAAGGGAUGCUCGCACUUUGAAUGGGCUGAGUUUGAUGAGGACGGAAGACCUCCUUGGGUGGCAGGCUACAGAGGGAAUGCAAACGUGCCUGUGGCGGAACACGAACAUGAUGUGAUACGCGAAACAGAAGGCGAAUGA